GGUGAAAAUGAAAUCCUUGAAACUCUAUACAAUAUUGCAAGCAAGAACCAGAUAUGGAGAUCUUACAUAGGCAUGGGUUAUUCCAACUGCUCAGUGCCACAGCCCAUUGCACGGAAUUUGUUGGAGAAUGCAGGAUGGGUUACCCAGUAUACUCCUUACCAACCUGAGGUCUCCCAGGGCAGGCUGGAGAGCUUGCUAAAUUACCAGACUAUGGUGUGUGAUAUCACAGGAAUGGAUGUGGCCAACGCAUCUUUGCUGGAUGAGGGGACAGCUGCUGCAGAAGCCAUGCAAUUAUGUCACAGGCACAACAAAAGAAGGAAGUUCUAUGUAGAUGCUCGAUGCCAUCCUCAAACUAUAGCAGUGGUCCAAACUAGAGCAAAUUAUACAGGUGUUAUUACUGAGCUCAAAUUACCCCAUGAGAUGGAUUUCAGUGGAAAGGAUGUCAGUGGAGUAUUAUUUCAGUAUCCAGACACUGAAGGGAAGGUAGAAGACUUCUCUGAACUUGUUGAAAGAGCUCAUCAGAAUGGGACUCUCUCCUGCUGCGCUGCUGAUCUUCUGGCUCUCUGUAUCCUGAAGCCUCCUGGAGAGUUUGGGGUAGAUGUUGUCCUGGGUAACUCCCAGAGGUUUGGCGUGCCGCUCUGCUACGGGGGACCCCAUGCGGCAUUCUUUGCUGUCAAGGAAAAUCUAGUGAGAAUGAUGCCGGGCAGAAUGGUGGGUGUUACAAGAGAUGCAAACGGAAAGGAAGUGUACCGGCUUGCUUUGCAAACACGAGAGCAGCAUAUCAGGAGGGAUAAAGCUACCAGCAACAUCUGCACAGCACAGGCUCUUCUGGCUAACAUGGCAGCCAUGUUUGCUGUAUACCAUGGGUCUGAUGGAUUAAGGCAUAUUGCAAGACGCGUACACAAUGCUACUCUAAUCUUGGCUGAAGGUCUCAGGCGAGCUGGUCAUAAACUACAUCAUGAUCUGUUCUUUGAUACCUUGACGAUCACAUGUGGAUGCUCAGUCAAAGAGGUUUUGGACAGGGCAGCUCUGAGAAAGAUAAAUUUUCGGAUUUAUAGUGAUGGCAGACUUGGAAUAUCACUCGAUGAAACUGUAAAUGAGAAAGACCUAGAUGACAUAUUAUGGAUUUUUGGUUGCGAGUCUUCAGCUGAGCUAAUUGCUGAGAGUAUGGGCGAGGAAACCAAAGGCAUCCUUAGCACCCCAUUUAAGAGAACUUCCAAAUUCUUGACACAUCAGGUUUUCAACAGCUAUCACUCUGAGACAAAUAUCGUGCGGUACAUGAAAAGAUUAGAAAACAAAGAUAUUUCCCUUGUUCACAGCAUGAUUCCUUUGGGGUCCUGCACGAUGAAGCUUAAUAGUUCAGCUGAACUUACACCUAUUUCGUGGAAAGAAUUUGCCAACAUCCACCCUUUUGUGCCCUUGGAUCAAGCUCAAGGGUAUCAGCAGCUUUUCAAGGAUUUAGAGAAGGACCUAUGUGAGAUUACUGGUUAUGACAAAAUCUCCUUCCAACCAAACAGUGGAGCCCAAGGAGAGUAUGCAGGUUUGGCUGCAAUCAAAGCUUAUUUAAAUGCAAAAGGAGAACGUCAUAGAACUGACACAAGGAAGAGGGACAGUGCACUCACCUCGAAGCUAAAAGCCCAGGUACGUGCACUGCAGAGGAAGACAGCUGCUAAGGAAGGACCAAUCGAGAAGGCUGCUGCACCAGCUGCUGCCAAGACAGUGGAAAGCAACCAGCAGUCCCCCAGACACAGAAUAAUGGCUGAAAAUGCCUCUCCGUCUGAGCUUGGUGAAGGGAUUUCUGGUCUGACACCACGGGAGUCAGAGAGUGAAUACUACAACCAGGAGUAA